GCGAUGCUGCGCAGCAGUCGGUCCGGCGGAGCUGAUGACGGAAGUAAUGAUGGCGACCGUCAAAGCCAUUCUUUAACAGGAAAAAACCUUUCUCUGCCGACGAAGCCAGCUCUAUAAUGGAAGGACACGUUUUUCCCGAUCAAGAGCAGCUCAUACAAUUUCUGAGGAGGCUCAAGGAGGUUUUCGACGUGUGUGACGAGGAUGCUGACGGCUUCAUCCGGGUGGAGCACUUGGUGGACCUCGGUCUUCAGUUCGGUCAAGGAGACAAGGUGAAGAAGUUAAUCAGGUACCUAGAUCCUAACACUCAUAGGAAGAUCAACUUCAAAGACUUUUGCCAUGGAGUGUUUGCCAUUAAAGGUUGUGAAGAGAUACUGAAGACACCUGUGGGUCCUCGCACUAUUACCUCCAACCAGCCGUCGGUUACUGACAAUGGUUACAUUUACCAGAACGAUGAGGCUGAGCUGGGCCCCCCCAUUAUCAUGUGUACACGGUCCUACCCAGAAUGCAGUGUGUAUGGUGACGGUUGUGGUGCUGAUAGGGAGUGUGACAUGGACAGCAUCACUGAAAAUGCCAACAGUUCUGACUCUUUGGAUCCAACACGGCAAGACAGUCACCUGAUUGGCUCAGCAUCUGCAUCUGUCAUCUCCGGGGAGGAGCAGUUUGAGGACUAUGGUGAGGGGGAGGAUGUGGAUUUUACUCCCAGCAGUCCUAGCCCUGAAGAUGACGCCCGAACAAAUGGCUUCUCAGACCUGGGAUCAUCCCUUCCCUCCAGCGCUGGACAGACUCCUCAGAAGAUAAGGCAGCUGUAUAACAGUGAGCUGCUGGACAUAUACUGUUCUCAGUGCUGCAAGAAAGUGAAUCUACUCAAUGACCUUGAGGCUCGACUUCGAAACCUCAAGGCCAACAGCCCUAAUAGAAAGAUUUCCAGCACAGCAUUUGGGCGGCAGCUGUUUCAGGCCAACCAUAGUGUGUUUGGGUCCAGUCAGGGCAGCAGCACAGAGGAUCUGUUCACAGACAGCAUCGACUCCUGCGACUUAGACAUCACAGAAAAAGUCAGUUAUCUGGAGAAGAAGGUGACAGAGUUGGAAAGCGACAGUCUGGCCAACGGUGACCUCAAGUCUAAACUCAAACAGGAGAACACACAACUUGUACACAGGGUGCAUGAGCUGGAGGAGCAGGUGAAGGAUGCAGAGGCAAGGGCUGAUCAGAGUUUGGAGGAGGAGACCAAGAGGCACCGGGAGGCUUAUAGCAAGAUGGACAGGGACAGAAACACCGAGAUAGACCUGCUCUGCAACAGGGUACAGCUGUUGGAAGAAGAGAAUGGAGAGAUGAAGUUAAAUGUGUGCAGACUUAAGUCACAGACUGAGAAACUGGACCAGGAGAAGCAUAGGAUGACAGACAAGCUGGAGGACACUAGUCUGAGGCUGAAAGAUGAGAUGGACCUCUACCGGAAGAUAAUGGACAAGCUCUGGCAUAAUCGUCAUGACUUUCAGAAGGAAAAAGAGGCCAUGCAGGAGUUGAUUGAUGAUCUCCGCCGGGAGCUGGAGUAUCUGCAGUUGUUUAAGAUGGAGAUGGAGCAUCCAGGACAGGGCAAGGGACUGUCAGAGUACAAUGCCAGGACCAGAGAGAUCGAAAUGGAACAUGAAGUCAAGAGACUGAAACAGGAGAACCAUAAGCUGCGGGAUCAGAAUGAUGACUUGAAUGCUCAAAUUCUCAGUCUGAGUUUGUACGAAGCUAAGAAUCUGUUUGCCUGUCAUACCAAGGCCCAGUGCCUGGCAGCUGAGAUUGACAACGCAUCCAGGGACGAGCUGGUGGAUGCUUUGAAGGAGCAGGAAGAGAUCAACCUGCGUCUAAGGCAGUACAUGGACAAAAUCAUUCUGGCCAUUCUCGACCAUAACCCCUCCAUCCUGGAGAUCAAGAGUUAAACACCACACACACACACACACACACACACACACACACACACACACACACAUACCAAGUUGUAAUCCUUAUGAUUUUAGUUCUGGUUGAUUUGGUGUGGUUACUGGUGACAGAAAUGCGGAGGAGCAAGGGGUGUUUUUGCUUACAAUGUAGCCUAACAAACUCAAUUCAAGCUUUCAUAAAGAAGUCAGUCAGUGAUAAUAAUAACAACAAGGUCAUGCUGCAUACUCCUUGUAAUAUUUUAAACUGAUUCCAUGUCUUGUUUUGGAGAUGCUGUUUCUGAUAAAUGAUCAGGGCUAACCUGCAUUUUCUCACUUCUUCACAGUAACAGCAGUUCAAUCAGGAGAGACUUGUUUUUUUUUUAGUAAAAAGAAUAUUUAUUACCAUGUGCACAAAA